AUGGACGUCAGUAUAGAAGUUUCGAAUGGAAGCAUGCCUCCACAAAAAGCAGAAGAAACCACGAGUAAUAAUACAGGAAUCAACAUUCCCAAGAACCAAGACGAAAACGAGACCAUGGCGCUUCAAGCUGCUUUUCGACGACCCUUUGUGGUGGCUGUGGAAGAAGAUGAUGAAGACAUUAUUCCAGGACCACCCUUGCCAUUUUCCAACCAACCUCCUCCUGAGAGUCCUUCCAAUUCGAGGCGAACAUCGGCCUUGACCAAACUCUUUGGUGGUGGUGGAAAGGGUGGUUCUUCGUCCAAUACGACCUAUCGAUUGAGCAGUAGCAGCAGUGGCAAACAACAGUUGGCACUCAUGAAACAAGAACAAUCCCUCCAUAAUAACAACAACAACAAUAAUCAUCAUCAUGGCGUCCACCGAAGGGUCCAGUCACUCCAACUGCCAAUUCCGGCACCGGCCAACAGCCCCAACACUCGCAGUCUCAACUUUGAAACUCAACAACAGGGAGAAUUGGAUAUCUCACUCACCGAACAUCGAGUCAAGGGAAAUGGCAUUUUGGCGUCUCGUGCGGAUUUGAACCUGGCACCCGAAGAGUUUGCAGCUGGAUGCAAUCUCUUGCAGGCGGCGGCUGCUGGGCAUUUGCAGCGCGUUCAGGAACUAUUACAAAAACGACCUCAUCAGGUCAACUUUCGAGACUAUGACCGACGCACGGCGCUUCAUGUGGCGGCAUCCGAAGGACACUUGCAGAUUUGUCAGUAUCUAGUAUUGACCCAACAUGCCAAAAUCAACCGGUCGGACAGGUGGGGAGGAAGUCCACUGGACGAUGCUCAUCGCCAUCGACACCGAGAAGUGGUACUCUUCUUACGACAACAAGGAGCCAUCACAGGAUCGGGAAACCAAUCGACAAUUUUGAUCACAGCGGCCGCCGAAGGGGAUGUCGAUGAAGUCCAAAUGCUGCUCACGGCAGCUGGAGCCAAAACCGUAAAUGCCAUUGUGAGUAAAGGGGACUACGACAAACGAACGCCAUUGCAUUUGGCAGCAUCCGAAGGACAUGCACAGAUUGUAUUGUUGCUUUGCAACGCUGGAGCCAAUGUGAAUGCCGAAGAUCGAUGGGGAUCAAGGCCUCUAGAUGAUGCUGUCAAGGCAGAACAGAAGGAAUGUGCCAACAUACUGCAAAGUCACGGAGCCAAGCAAGCACCACAAUUAUUGGCUCGAAUGCAGUCUUCCUACCUUGGCGAUAGCAUUGAUACAUCACAAACAAGAAGAGAACAAGACAAUCUCAAGGUCGACUUUGAAGAAUUGGAAAUGGUCGAUCGAAUCGGUUCCGGUGCGUUUGGAGAAAUCUUCAAGUGUCGUUGGAGAGGAACCAUGGUGGCGGCCAAAUGUAUCAAGAGUGCCAAAAUUCGACAAGACUGGGUCAACAAGCGUGCCCUGGAGAGCAUUGAAGAGGGAGCUGAUGUCGACGAGGCUAUGCGAAUCAUGGAUGAAGCAGCAAUGGACUGUGAUCAGAAGGAAGAGGCGCUCAUGGACUUUCGACAAGAAAUCUCCGUGCUCAAAUCGCUCAGGCACCCACACAUUGUGCUGUUACUAGCCUUCUCCACUACCGAAAACUACGAAGUCAUGAUUUCAGAGCUCAUGGAAUGCUCUCUCUUGGACGUCUUUAAAGCGCAUCAAGUGCACGGAACGAGGUUGGCCAAGAAGAGUGCGAUUUCAUAUGCCUUGCAACUAGCCAGGGGGAUGAAUUACCUACACACAUGCAAACCUCCUGUGAUCCACCGAGAUUUGAAACCUGCUAAUCUACUGCUCGAUCACACCGGUGUAUUGAAGAUAUCCGAUUUUGGUCUGGCAAAAGUUCGACCAGACCCGAAAAAGAUGGAACAAAAGGGGCGAUUCAUGACUGGCGAGACCGGAAGCUACCGUUUUAUGGCACCUGAGGUCUUUCGCCACGAGGACUACAACGAAACUGUGGAUGUGUAUUCUUACGCUAUGAUUCUUCAUUAUCUUUUGGAUGGAAGACCGCCGUGGCCAACGCUCAAUGGUCUCGAGGCUGUGAGGCGCGCAUCAGAGGAAGGAGACCGUCCAAUCAUUCCUCGGAAUUGGGAUCAGAGGCUUACAACCCUCUUGAUGGAGUGCUGGGAUGAAAACAGCAGUGCGAGGCCUCCUUUCAAGACAAUUUUGCAAUCUUUGGACACUUAUUCACGCGAUGUAUUUCAUAAUGAUGACAUUACAAAGUCAGCUCGAAGAGCCGACACCGGCUGCAAUUGCACAAUCAUGUAG